UAUUCCGUGACUGCUAGCACACAGCCGCAGUUGCACGUUCGGGAUAACUUGCUGUCAAUGGCAUGAAGACGAUAGAUCUCCGGUGAUUAUCGGAGAUAUAUAUGGGAUAGCUGGAGGCCGCCUCACACCUCCCACAGGCCGGCUAGAGCACUGCUCGCACCCCGCACUGGCUCAACACCGUCGCUUUAUUAGGCGAAGUGGACUCCGUUGUACGCUGCGUUGUUAUUCUCCUCUUGCUAUUUCGACAAAACUGUAGCGACAAAAGGCACGUGAGCUCCCGUGCAAGCCGCCACAUCGCGCUGCGCAAUGUUUGUGUUUACUUUACGUUUUUAAAACGCAACUAAGGGGACUGGUGGAAUUAUUAUUUUACAAAGCAGCGCCAAAAAGGCUAUCAUUGUGUCAGUUGUUUGCUUUUGUAUGUUUGAUGCAGUCAAGUAUAUGAAAAAAAACCGAGAUAAACAGCUAAAACAUAGCGGAUACCCAAAGACUAAGACAAUUUUUCUGUGCACGCGCUUUCCCCUUCAGUGUCCUCGGUUUUGUUCCGGAGUUCCAUUUCACGGCGCGAGGGGCGGAGAUGGAAUAUUCAGAUCAGCUGGAGUGACAGCUCGUGCUUUCCAAUGCUCUGAGAAACUCGCCUGCUCCUUCCCCGAACUCUUCACUUCAGACUUCUGAGCAGUAAAAACAGCGGACGCUAGGGGAUCCAGCCACGCCAGUCUCCAUGCCAAUACUUCGCUGAGGGUUUUUUUUUUUUUUUGCGGCCAUUUUAUUUAUUUUAUUUUUAUUAGUUUAGCCUCCGCCGCGAUUCGAUCGCUAGAUGCAUUACUAGUAGUGUACGACCGACUUCUUUCCUUCGCAUUUUCUUUUUGGAGAGAACAACAGACUCUUUAACCAAGAUGUCGUAUCCUCAGGGUUACCUAUACCAGCCCCCGGGCUCGCUGGCGCUCUAUUCCUGUCCUGCUUACGGGGCUUCGGCGCUGGCCGCCCCGAGGAGCGAGGAGCUGACUCGGUCUCCGUCCGGCUCUGCCUUUAGUCCGUACCCUGGAUCGGCUGCCUUCACCGCCUCCGCCAGCGGCUUUUCCAGCCCGCUGCCCUAUUCAACAGAUCCGGCCACGGGUUUCCCGUCGUACAUGGGUUCCCCUUACGACGCGCACUCCACGGGCAUGGCGGCAGCAAUAAAUUACCAUCCGUACGGGACUCCGGGAUACCCGUACCAGCUCAACGACCCGGCUUACCGAAAGAACGCGACCCGGGAUGCGACAGCUACGCUGAAAGCGUGGCUCCAGGAACACCGGAAGAACCCCUACCCCACCAAAGGCGAGAAGAUCAUGCUGGCCAUCAUCACUAAAAUGACCCUCACGCAGGUGUCCACCUGGUUCGCCAACGCCAGGAGAAGGCUCAAGAAAGAGAAUAAAAUGACAUGGGCACCUCGGAAUAAAAGUGAAGACGAGGAUGAAGACGAUGGGGAAGGCGAAAGAAAAGAAGACCGUACAGAGAAGCAUCUUGAGAACAGCGAGGCGUCCGCCGAGGACGAGGGUAUAAGUCUGCACGUGGACGCCUUGACAGACCACUCCUGCUCCGCGGAGUCCGACGGGGAGAAGGUCACGUGCAGGAUUGGGGACCUGGUUUGCAGUUCUGGAGUCGAUGCCAAGGACAAAUGCGACCAGAGUGAUCUUGACACGCGCCAUGGGGAACGGCAACAGGGCCUGUCACCCAAGCCGGUGACAUCAUCGCCCUUGACUGGAGUGGAGGCCCCGAUUUUGAACCACCAUCAAGACUCGCGAAACAAAAACAAAGCGUGUCUCGACAGUCGGACCGCUGCGGACGGUCAGAACCAGACCGUCAAGCCCAAACUCUGGUCGCUAGCCGAGAUCGCUACUUCAGACGCAAAGCAGCCCCUGGGACAGAACUGCCCCCCAGCCGUUGGUCUUUUGACAUCAACGGCAUCCAACACGUCCCCGGCCGGCCCUGUGUAUUCGGCUUCCUCCAUCUUGGGAAGACCACUGUACUACACGUCUCCCUUUUACAGCACUUACACAAACUACGGGAACUUCGGCUCACUGCAGAGUCAAGGAAUUCUGCGAUAUAAUUCCUCCGGUGUGGCGUCUAACGAGGCGCUUCCUCAGACUCUUCUCAACGCAAGCGCAAUUCACAAACACAGUCCCGAGUCCUUACUAAAGCCUAGUCAGAACCCGACUGAGCACCACUUCAGAGCCUCAAGUGUCGAGGCCAAGAAAGACACCAUCGAAGUGUGCGCAGUAGGAGCCCAGUCUUACCUGGCAAGCUAGAGGGGAAGAGGAACAUUCAAGUAGGUGUCACAAUUGCUUUGAAUAGCGCGAGCGAGCCGUCACCUCUUCCCCGCGAUGGUGUUAAACGUAUCAAUUCUCCUUAAGUGGAUCGCAUUGUGUGCCGCCGUAGAACCGCGGACCGCCGGCACUUGACUAGAUCUUAAACUCCCUUAAUCCAAACAGCAUCGGAAACCGAGGACGGAAAAGGGCGGGCGCAUUCUUUGACCACGCCCCCUACCUUUUGAUGAUUUGUGCAUUUAUUUAUAAGGUAGUUAUCACACCAUACGCGACUUUUGAACAAGGCAACUAUUUCUCAGGAUCCAUAGAGUUUGUUUCAUGGCCGCAUAUUGUAUACAUCACGUGUGGGACAUUAUUAGGCCUUCUAUAAAACUUAAUUUGUACUUUAUUUGUAAAGGAUGUACAAUGUAGAACGGUAACGUGAGGCUGGUAAACUUGACUAAGAGUGGAAAACAUUUGAUAUUUAUUUUUGUAAUGAUGGCAGUUGCCUAUAAUUUAUGCAAGUUGUAUUGCAAUGGAAACCGAACAUUGUUUUGUAAAUAAAUUAUGAUUGGUUUUUAUUUAAAAAAGCCGAAGUUACAAAAUGUUGUUAACAAGAAUACUUUUACUAAUUUAUAUCUUUCAUUGUAAAUAAAAACGCGCUAGUCUGCACUGGCAAAGUUGUUGCUUGGACGUGCUUGACAU